AUGACUCACGCGCCGCAGCUAGCGACUCUUGAGGGGCUUACUGCCGUUGUUUCUCAGUUAGCUAUCACCGUACAACAACUCGCCGAGGUGCAAUGCAAACCAAUACAAGUCACCUCAACUCCUGACACCGCUGCAGCCCUGCCCAAGUUUUCUGGGGAAAAACUUGACGACCCGGAAACAUGGACCAACGAGGUCGAGCGCGUCGCAGCACAAGCAAAUUGGUCGCCGAACCUUACACUUUUGAACGCAGUUUCAAGACUCUCUGGGCUUGCUGCUAACUGGCAAAAAACGUGCGGAAAACAACACAGCGACUGGGCGGUGUGGAAAUCUGCUUUCCUCGAACGUUUCAAGCGCCGCCUUUCAAUGGAGGAUUUUAUCGACAUUCAAGCGAAGAGGACGCUCAGACGCAAUGAGACAAUUGUACAAUACAUUUUUGAGAAGGACGCAUUACUAGAAAUGUCGCCACACCCGCUCACAGCUGAGGAACGCAUAUCCAUGAUAAUUGGAGACAUUAAGGACAACGUGUGGGCAAUCCCCCUUGCGUCCCACACGUAUUCAUCUGUAACACAACUCGUUGACCGAGCAGCUUCACUGGACUCAAUUCGGCAAGUUGAUCAACAAGAAAGCAAGCCAGAGAUUACACGCAAUCAAAAUCGUCCGCAGCCAUCACGUUCCAGCCAAACGACGCACGCACCGUAUCUACAGAAGUAUAAUCCUACUUUUGGCGAUCGCCCUGAAAAUCUUUCUUGUUGGAGAUGCGGCAAAAGAGGACACAUUUCCUACCAGUGCCAUCUUCCAGCUCCGCAGCCAGGCACUGCAAUAGUCGCAACGCCAGACAUACAAAGAGAAUCUCCACGACACCCGCCACAGCGUUACAACAAAGACAGAGACGACACACACGACAUCAACAGCAGCAAUCAGCAGUCCAAGACACCACCGCAGUCAAAGACGGCUUUUCAGCGUCAGCCACACCGCGAAACAAAAGAGACUUCGAAGCAACCAAACUCCAACGUAGUGAACUGUGUUUUCGCAGACUGUGCUCAUAUGCCGAUUGUGAACGCCAUCAUCAACGGCUCAACGACUAUCGAUGCUCUCUGUGACCCUGGAUCACAAGUGACACUGAUUCGUGAAUGCAUGGCCCCAUCAGAAAUCCCUAUACAUGAGCGGCAGAAUGGGCCAUUGGAAACAGCCGGAGGCAACACUACGCCAUCGGGAUGGAUAACGCUCCGCAUCAAGGUCGGAAACAUUGACUACGUCAUGCCACGUGUCGGACUGUGUAAAAAACUACCUGUCGCGCUUAUUCUAGGAAACGACUGGAAGUCGUUUGUUCACGCCCGCUACAUCUUUGAACCAGACGGCAGUUUGUGUAUAUCCACGCCAUCGUCGAUACAGGAAUACCAGUGUAUCAAGCCCGCCUCGCUUAGCAUCAACUGUGUCUUCCAACCGGAGAAUUUCAGCCGCACACAUGACGUCAGCGACAAUCCACCCUACAGCAUUUCGUCUUUUGCUCCUAGCAAAGCCAACGCAAUUUCAUCGUCUCAGGAUUGUUCACCUCAACCGACUUCACACAUCGAGCAAACUACACAUAUGGACAUGUCUAUUCGUAACAAAGUUUCCAUUUCAAAGUCUCUGUCAAGUGAACAAGAGGAGCAAGUAGGUUCGCUAGUCGACGAAUUUGCGGACAUUUUCUCACUAACGACAAACGUAGGCUACUGUCCAUAUGUCGAGCUGGACAUCAACCUCUCCCACGAUCGACCAGUUCGAUGCCAACCGUAUCGCCUAUCACAACCUGACCGCCAGUUCUCCUCUGACCAAGUGAACAUCUGGAGACAGCAAGGCAUCUGUCGUCCUUCGACAUCUGCUUAUGCAUCACCAGCCUUCAUCGUAGAACAACCAUUUCACGAAACCACUCCGAGACGUCUAGUUGUUGACUACUCCCGCACCAUAAAUCCAAUCACCAUUGCUGACCCACAGCCCGUGGACUGCAUGGAUGACGUACUCUCAACAAUCGCUGGAUGCCGCUUUAUGUCUAACAUGGACAUCAAAAGCGCCUUCUUCACCACCAAAGUCAAAGAAGAAGAUGUGCACAAAACCGCCUUCGUCACACAGGACCAUCAUGAUGAAUUCUUACGAAUGCCUUUUGGAUUAAAGAACGGUCCACCAACUAUGACGAGAGCUAUAAAAAUGGCUUAUGCACGCCUCCGCAAGUUGGGAGUUGUAACCUAUGUAGACGACAUCGCCUGUGCGCACGACAGUUUUGAACAGCACAUCCACUGCCUCCGUGAGAUUUUCCUCGCUACUCGUACCAUGGGUUUCACCCUCUCACCAGGCAAAUGUAUAUUUGCAUCGUCAACCAUAAACCUGCUAGGAAGGGUCAUCACGCCCGAGGGCAUUCUUCCAGACUCAGAGCGUGCCGCAGCGGUCAGUCGUUACUCAACACUGACAUCUCUUCCUGAACUACGAAGUUUUCUGGGAUUCGCCAACACAUUCCGAAAGCACAUCGAACACUUCGCAACAAUCGCCAAGCCGCUCACUGAGCUUCUCAAAACGAAAGGCCGCAAAACAAAUGAAAGCGAUGACUUGACUACACAGCCUCACAUCGUCCUCGACGCAAAACAACAAAGUGCCUUCGACACACUCAAGGCAAUGAUCACAUCGCCGCCGUUGCUUGCAUUCUUCAAGCAAGGAUGCCCAACUUUUGUCGAGACAGACGCUUCACACAAAGGACUCGGAGCUUGCUUGUCGCAAACCCAGGGAAACGCAAGACGCGUCAUCGAGUACGCGAGCAGAUCACUCAAGGACCCGGAACAGAGGUACCACAUAAACGAGCUAGAGUGUACGGCAGUUCACUGGGCCGUCACGGACAAGUUUCGUUUGUAUCUACACGGACACAAGUUCACACUCCUCACUGACAACUUCACGAUCGCUUACGUUGUCAACAAAGCAAAAAUCAACCGCAAGUUUGCCCGCUACACCGUAGACCUUGCAGCGUUUGAGUUCACUGCCGUACACAGAGCAGGAAAGGAAAACGUCAUUGCAGAUCACCUGUCCCGCUUCCCGCAACCACAGACAGCCUGCCUUGCAGUGAUUGUCUCUCAAGACUCAGAACUCAUCCGCGCUCAGCAGGCAGACGAAUACUGUCGCCAGAUUUUUGAAAAGCUGAGCAAACAGCCUGACACUCACCAUUUGAGACAAGUGCACGAUUCUUUCAACGUCUCUGAAUCAGUGCUGCUUCACGUCACAAACCUCGAAGGGCACAAGAAACAGCAAAUUGUAGUUCCAUUUGCAUUACGCUCAACAGUCCUACGACUUUGCCACGACGACGCUGGCCACCUCAGCGACGCAAAAACGCUCGAAAGAGUGCGUUCCAAGUACUGGUGGUCCAGUGUAAGACAAGAUGUCCGUGCGUACACCCCUGAGCAGUUCUUCAAUAAGUACGGCAUUCAGCACCGUUUAUCACCACCAUAUACGCCACAAGCCAAUGGACUAGUGGAAAGGGCCAAUGCCACACUCGUAACAAUGCUCAAGAAACUGUCCUACUCCAACCCAAAGGCAUGGGACAAAGCUCUCCCUCACGCGCUCUUAGCCAUCAACACUGCAGUUCAGAGCUCUACUGGCCUUUCUCCCUUUUACUUACUUCACGGCUACCAACCGCGACUUCCACAAGAGCUUUCUUUUGGAACUCUGACUUCAGAUGAAACACGUGAAAACCAACUCGACCUGAAGUUGCCCGUGCAACCGCAUCAGUCAAUUUGGAGAAAGCACACAACGCAAGCAAAGCAAGGUUCGCCGCACGCCGUGUUGACAGAAAGUUCAGUGCCGGCGACCUUGUCCUCUACGAUUGGCCUCAAGCUUCCGAUCACAAGUUGA